ACAGAAGAAGAAGAAAAAAUAACAAACGAAGAAGAAAAUUUACUUCCUAAUGUUUAUUUGAUGGUGGAUUAUGUCGCCAUUAAUUUACCAGAUGUAAACUGCUGAUUUUCUGAGAGGGACUAGAUGAGGACCACGGCGGGUUAAAAUCUGAUACAGGAUGAUUAAGUUCGUGUUGAUGGUGAACCAGCAGGGUCAGACCAGACUCUCCAGGUACUACGAGCCGGUGGAGCUGAGCAGGAGGGCGGCGCUGGAAGCCGCUGCUGUUCGCUGCUGCCUGAGCCGCCACAAGGACCAGUGUUCCUUUGUGGAGUAUAAAGACUUUAGGCUGGUUUAUCGUCAGUAUGCUGCUCUUUAUGUGGUGAUGGGAGUCACACAUGGCGAGAACGAGCUGUCCAUCUACGAACUGAUUCAGAACUUUGUGGAAGUUCUGGACAAGUACUUCAGUCGUGUGAGUGAACUUGACAUCAUGUUCAACUUGGACUCGGUCCACAUCAUCCUGGACGAGAUGAUCCAGAACGGCCACAUCGUGGAGACGAACAAGAGCCGCGUCCUCGCUCCGCUCACCGCCAUCAACAAGAUGGUGGACGGGUGACAGAUCAAUAAGUUUAUCAAUCAGUGGUUUGACGUUAAGACUUCCUGUUCUGAAUGCUUAUAAACUGAAUAAAUCAGUUCGUAGUAAAAUUUA